AACUUAUCCUGCUUUUAAACCCAUAUCAAACAGGCCCUUAAUCAUAAACUGCAAAUCAAACGGACCCGAACCAAAUAAAUUUUAUCGUCUCUUCCUCUCUCGUUUCACAAUACCCCACCUGCCAAGAUCUAGUCUUUAUUUUCUGGAAUCCGUCUAAGAUAUUGAGAUUCAGUAAAGAUCGCUGCUUGUUACCUUAAACCCAGCUUGACGUCUCUCUCACUCAACAGAUUCUCUUUCCCAAAAGUCUCUUCUUCUGAAAUCAAGUUGGAGAAUCAAGAUCCCAAUUUUUUGCACCAAUCAGUUUCCUGGAACAAGGCAUUGUCAGAUCAGAUUCAGAGGUGGUUUGUUUUCUUCGAAAGUAAAGAACAUCACUCAAUUCAGCUAUACUGUAAGCUCCAAGACUCUUUUUUCCGCAAUCUUUCCGAGUGUAAUUCUCCACAGUUGCUGUAAAGAUUUCAUUUUUAUGAGUCCCAUUUGAGUAAAUCGGUGGAAUUAGGGUUCUACAAAUGAAAGACUUCAAUCCAACAGACCCCAUUGGGCAGAAUAUAAUUAAGCAAAUUAGCAAUGUGUGUUUCUCUGUGUUUGUAUUCUCUGUGCUAGUCUUCACUGUAAUUGCCAUCACAUACCAACCCCCUGAUCCAUGGGAGUCGUCAAGAGCUCUGACUAAGAUUUUCACUGAUGUCGAAAAUGCCACAUUCAAAACCGAUAAUUCCGUGUUGAAAACUGGUGAGGACAUUGCUUCCCCACCGGUGGCGACUCCUGAGGGUUCAUUGUCAUCGAUCACUGAAGCUUCGAUUGAGAAAUCUGAAUCGGAGAUUGGGACAAAUGCGACCUUGAAAUCUGGUUGUGAGGAUUUGACUGUGGUGAAUUGCUCUGAUCCUAGGGUUUUGAUUGCAAUCCAGAGGUUUAAUUUGAGGCAGUUUAGGGCUAUCGCGUUUUUGGAUUACCAGCCUCCGGUGAAUGGCUCUAAGCCGGAUGAAUGUGAUGUCGCGUGGAGGUUUAGGAACAGAAAGGAGAAAUCUUGGCGGAAGUAUAGGGAUUUUAGGAGGUUUAAGUUGGGAUAUAAGGAUGAUUGUAGUUAUAAGGUGAUUCGUCCAGGGCGCUGGCAUUCUGGAUUGAAUGCACGUCGUCCACGGAGGGAAAAUGAGAGUGCUAAGCUUGCUCCAACGGUUCAGGACAGGGAGAUCAAUGACACGAUUCCUGUGGUGGGAUCAGAUUCGGCGUUUAGGAAGGGAAGGUAUCUGUACUAUUCGAGGGGAGGGGAUUAUUGCAAAGGAAUGAGUCACUUCAUUUGGAGCUUCUUGUGUGGUCUUGGUGAGGCCCAGUAUUUGAACCGGACGUUUGUGAUGGAUUUGAGUAUCUGUCUGGCUUCUACGUACACGCAGAGCAACAAGGAUGAGGAAGGGAAAGAUUUUAGGUUCUAUUUCGAUUUUGAACAUUUGAAAGAGGUGUCUUCGAUUGUGGAAGAAGGUGAGUUUAUGAAAGACUGGAAGAGAUGGGACAGGAGUCAUAAGACGAAAAUCCCGGUCAGAAAGGUGGCUAGCUAUAAGGUGACACCAAUGCAGCUGAGGAAAGACAGGAGCGCGAUUAUUUGGAGGCAGUUUGAUGCUCCUGAGCCGGAAAAUUAUUGGUACAGGGUUUGUGAAGGGUCGAGUGCUAAAUACAUUGAGCGGCCGUGGCAAGCUCUUUGGAAAUCAAAAAGGUUAAUGAAUAUAGUUUCUGCAAUCAGUGGGAGUAUGGAUUGGGAUUUCGAUGCAGUUCAUGUGGUUCGAGGGGAGAAGGCGAAGAAUAAGGAGUUAUGGCCUCAUCUAGAUGCGGAUACUUCACCCGAUGCCCUGGUUGCAAAACUGCAGGGGGCGAUUGCGCCUUGGAGGAAUUUGUAUGUUGCUACCAACGAGCCCUUCUACAAUUAUUUCGAUAAGCUGAGAUCUCACUACAAAGUUCAUUUGCUCGAUGAUUACCAGCAUUUGUGGGGGAAUACAAGUGAAUGGUACAACGAGACAACUCUGUUGAAUGGUGGUCGUCCGGUUGAGUUUGAUGGUUAUAUGAGAGUUGAAGUGGAUACGGAGGUCCUUUAUAGAGCAAAGACGAGGGUAGAGACGUUCUCUAACUUGACUGGAGAUUGCAAGGACGGGAUCAAUACGUGCUAAACCAGGUUAAACUGCAUUCCAAUAAUUCCCCUCUUUUUGUAUGUUGAUUCACAGCUCCAUUUUUUUGGUCUGUUGUGUUCCGUGUUCGCUUUCAUGAAGGAAAUUUGUUUCUGUGCCUCCAGAUUUUGUUUGUUGUAUAAUUUUGUAGACGAUUUUCUCAUACAUCUGUGCAGUAUAUCUCCUUGGUGGAAA